AUGAGCAUGCCUCCAGGAAUGCCGGCUGGAGUGCAGCCAAUGAUGGGAAUGAUGCCACCACAACAACCAUCACAUGAAUCUCGCAGUGCUACAUCUUCGAUUCCACCGUUGGUGACACCAUCAGCUGGAUAUGGUCCAUCGACUCAUCCUCGAAUGUACGGAUUUCCACCAAACGCAAUGGCCCCUCCAUUUAUGAUGACCCCACAUUUUGGUGUACCCCAUAUGAUGCAGUCAUCUCCAAGUCGAGGGCGCAACUCGCGUACAAGUUCAAAUUUCCGUGGCAAUCCGUCUUUCCAACCUAGGAGUAAGCAAAGCAACUCGCCUCAAAGCUUCUCACGGCAAAGCUCCGUUGCUGAGACACCUAAGGACGAAGCGAAAGCUGCGGAAAUGAUAGCUGCUGCCAGUGCUGAAGUGGAAAAGUUGUCAAUGAAAGCAGUAGAAGCAAAUCGACUCGAUAUCGAAGCUGUGCAGCAAGAUCAAGAAGAAAAGAAGAGCGAGUCUGUGGUGGAGGAAGAGGAGAAAAAAGAAGAACAAACGGAGGCCCCAUUAAGAGCUGAAUCACCUUCCGAAGUGAAGUCGAUUCCUGAGACCGACGUCACCAAGGGACUUCCUCCGACCACAGUUGCUGAGAUGAAAAAUGAUAAGCGUUCAGCCGUUCCGGUAGUUGCUGUGGCGCCCGUAAUGUCUGUGAAGCCCGAGGUUGUACAGACAAAGGAAAAGGAGCUCAAUGAGGACGAGCUACCAGAAAAAGAAAAUCUGGAGCUACGCAUCAAAGAUGCUCCUCCAAUGGCUUCUGUACAGCCCAUGCCGGCCUCAGACACAUCCUCAACUCCCAUCAAGAUGGACUGCACGUUCUGCCGUAAUCUGGGCUUGUCUGAGGAAGUCGCUACCUCCCAUGUGAUCCGCGCGCCUGACGGAAAAGUGACGUGUCCAGAGCUCCGCAAGCGUUCAUGCAGUUUGUGUGGCGCAACCGGUGAAAAUUCCCAUUCCGCGGUGUUUUGCCCAUUGAAGGCUCAGCAGUCAAUGGGUGGACCGGUCAGCGACGCGCCCAGGAUAUCACAUAGUGCCCCUCAAAGACCACCUUCUACCUACAACAAGUCCAUGGGUGGCGACAGAAGAGGAGGUUACCGUGGUGGCUACGGUGGUCCAGGUGGACAUAGGGGAGGAUAUCAGCAAGUGAGUUGUCUUAUUUUUUGA